UUCUGCUCUAUUUAAAGGCAGCCUGUUUGCUCAGUGAACAAAACUUUUUGAAAUAAAUUCUUGCUUCUGAAGGUGAGUCUGAGCUGCUGUUGCUCCUUUUUUAAUGGUAAAGUUAUACACCAACAAGAAAAUGAAAGCCAUUUUGGUCCUGCUCUUUGUGGUGCUGAUUCCUGCAAAGUAUGCAAGUGCUCAGAGAUGCCCUGUUGAGGAUGCUAUCGAUGCAAAGAUCAGUGCUGCCAUUGAUUCCAAAGUGUCUAUACUUGUGCCAGAGCUGAGUUGCACCAGUGUGUCAGCCCGAGGUGCUGAUGUCUCCUGCCCUUCUGAUUACAAGGCCACUGGAUGUGCUUGUGGGAUGGCCUGUGGUUCUUGGGACAUCCGUGGUGAAACCCAGUGUCACUGCCAAUGUGCCAACAUUGACUGGACUUCUGCUCGGUGCUGUAAAGUUGUAUUGUCUGGUGGCUUCUCUGGUUAGUGCUGGCUAUUGCUGUCCAUCUUCUAAACCCAAUAAAUGCUUCUAAAGAGUUCUA